CCUCGCUUCCCAACACAUCCUACCAUGUCUCCCGUUGCUCUUCCUAGCCAGCAUGCUGCUGUUCUCUAUGGUCCCAAGGACCUCCGUUACGAGGAGCGUACCCUCUGGCCGCCUUCACAAGGCCAAGCCCAGGUAGCCGUCGUUGCUACUGGUCUUUGUGGAAGUGACCUUCACUACUUCAUCCAUGGCAGGAACGGGGACUUUGCCCUUCAGGCGCCCCUUGUCCUCGGCCACGAAGCCGCGGGUAUCGUUACUGCUGUCGGUCCAGGCGUGACCAACGUCGUACCAGGACAGCGCGUCGCCAUCGAAGCCGGCGUUAUGUGCAGCAACUGCAACUAUUGCUCGUCUGGCCGAUACAACCUCUGCAAAGGUCUCCGCUUCGCUUCCAGCGCGAAGACAUUUCCCCAUCUCGACGGCACUCUCCAGGAACGUAUGAACCACCCGGCACACGUUCUGCAUCCACUACCGAAGGAUUGCUCCUUUGAGCGUGCCGCACUCGCCGAACCCCUGUCUGUUCUCAUCCACGCUUCACGACGCGCCCAAUGCAAAGCAGGACAGCGCGUCCUCGUUUGCGGUGCUGGUGCUAUCGGUCUCCUCGCCUGUGCUGUCGCAAGGUCGACUGGUGCAUCCCGCGUCGUCGCCAUCGACAUCAACCAUGCCCGCCUCGACUUCGCCAAGUCGCAAGGUUUCGCCGACGAUGUCUUCUGCCUACCUGCUGGUCCUCGCGCUAAAUCGCCUGAAGAGUCAUUGCGACGAGCAAAGGAGACAUCGGCAACGGUAUUGAAAGCGUUCGGCGAAGAGGAUGGAUUCGACGUGAUCUUCGAAUGCACAGGCGCGGAGCCGUGCAUCCAGAUGUCCAUCCACACUGCCAUGACAGGAGGCAAGGUUAUGCUCAUCGGGAUGGGCACUCCGAAUAUCACACUCCCCCUAUCAGCAGCGGCCCUGCGCGAGGUCGACAUCCUCGGGUCAUUCCGCUACGCAAACACCUACCCAGAAGCGCUCUCCCUCCUCGCCUCAGAUAAGCUUCCCAACAUCGACGCCCUCGUCUCGCAUCGGCUGCACCUCUCCGAGACGAAGGAGGCCUUCGAGCUCUUGGCGAAGGGUGUUGACGAGGACGGGCGCAUGGUCCUCAAAGUCGUCAUAGGCCCCGGUUCGGAGGCUUAAAAUUAACAGGCAGCCGGACCUUUCUUAUGUUUCUUGUUUGUUUUUUGUUUAUGCCUUCAUGCAUUCCGCUUUCGAUCUACACUGUGCUGGUUUACAAUGACUUAUUAGACCGUUCACUUUUCCAAGCCUCGUACAAAUGUUGUUUUUUCUAGCCUUUUCCCUCCUCUUCUCGCUCGUCGGUGCUCUUCGUCGGGGUCACGGUGUAUACUAGAAGGACCAUUCUUCUUUUUCCCCUCUUCUCCAGGUCGUUUGUAGGAGUAUUACGGUUGCUGCAUGAAACACAUCCAAGUUCAUCUCUCUUGCAUGCUCAUUACUUCCUCUUCUUGACAUAGCCUAGACCGCAACUUGUCGAGAAUACUUACCUCGUUCUCCGCCUUACUUACCUCCCGUCUUGCUGUGUCAAUCUUUUUCUGUCUUACCCUUCUAGUCACAAACAUUUCUCUCAAAUCAAACCAUCCGCUUACCCCGUACAUACGCAUCCACGCAUCGCAUUCUUCUCUUUUCUUAUUCUUUCCAUGCUUCUCAACCAAGUCAUGCCCCUUGUGGAAAAAUAAGACGCGUUCGUCGCCCUUUG